AUGCAUCGAACGGAAAUCCCAGUCUCUUCAGACCUCUACCACGUCCUCCAGCCCUUCAUUUUCGUGACUCGAGCAUUCGGUUUCAUGCCGAUUGCGGCCUCGAAAAAGGGGGCUCACUAUGUGGUCUACUUGUCCCGGCUUUACACAGCUUACAGCUACGCCCUUGGCAGUUUUAUGAUGUUUUGGUCACUCGGGGGGCUCCACGAGGACUUUCACGCGAGCAAUUCGGUGAGGAUGAGCAACUCUACUGUGAAAUACGUCACUUUGAUCGACUUGGGGGAGGUGAUGGUGACGGUUUUCAUCGGGAUUGUGGUCACCCCAUUCAAGAUCAAACACUUGUGGAGGUUGUUGACCUGUUUUCAUAAAAUCGACGCAAUGAUACCACCAAAAAGAAUCAAAAAAGAGAGAAAAAUCGUGAUAAUUUCGAUGGUUGUGGCGAUUUUGUGUGUUUUGUAUGUUUUGACCUACGAGUUGUAUUUGUGGGGGGAGGUUUCGAACAAAAAUGGGCUAUAUUGGGUCUUUAUGAAACGGUAUUUUAUCCUCUUUUCCACUUAUUUCAUGGUGUUUAUUGAGGAAAUGCCUUAUUGGAAUUUCACAAGACUGAUUAGGAGACGAAUCGAAGCUUUGAACGAAGUUUUGAGGAGGGGUUUGGACGUUUUUAGGAGUUUUACCAAAUUGUGGAUCACUCCGGUCAAAAUGAAAAAAAACUCCGGGAGUUUUGGGAUCCUCAGUUACGACAAAGUUGUCAACUUGAUGAAAAUCUACGAACUUAUUGGGGAUUCAGUUGACGCAACUAACGACUUUUGUGGUGUCAGCAUUUUGUGUAUCAUGUUUAGUUGCCUCAUCCACCUCGUAGUAACCCCCUACUUUCUCCUCGUGGAGGUCGCAAAUGGGGGCUUUUUCUUCUUUAUUUUUUUGCAGUUUUCGUGGACGAUGCUGCAUUGUGGCCGACUUAUGGUUAUAGUUGAAACGUGUCAAUAUUGUCUCGAUGAGCAUCAGAAAACCGUCGAAUUGGUGUUCAAAUUGUUGUCUUGUGAGUUGCAAGAGGAUGUCAAAGACCAAAUGAAACUUUUUGCUUUACAACUCUCGGGCCGCAAAGUGAGGUUUACGUCGUUUUCGAUGAUGAAGUUUAAUCGGUCUUUGUUAACUGCGAUUGGUGGUUCAAUAACAACGUUUCUGGUAAUCCUCUUCCAAUUCGGAAGUGUUGGAAGCGACGUCUACUAUUCCCGCGAUUAAAUAAACCAUUUGAAAUAAAUAACUACGUACAAACUAUUACUU